AUCUGGAGAAUGGAACUCUAUCCCUGAAUUCCUAUUUCCCGUUGAAAGGCCAUCAUAUCCCCUGGGAGCGAAUUCCACACUUUAAAAAAAAUCACUGAUUGCAGAAGGACUUCCUUUAGUCUGCCCUGGUUUUAUUUGAAAUAAACAAGAAUUGAGUAAAAAUCAAGGAAAGGGAAGAAUCCCUCCGUCAGCCUUCGGAACAUUUUUCGCAGCUUCUAUCGUUUGUUGUUCCCUGAGGUGCUCUGUUGAGGACAUGAGAGGGAGAGAACAGAAAGCAGAGCCAAGCUUAGAUUGCCCCUCUGUAGGAACAUAAGAACAUAAGAACAUAAGAACAAGCCAGCUGGAUCAGACCAGAGUCCAUCUAGUCCUGGAAAUUCCCCCGUUGUUCUGGGAAAAGGCUUCCUGUCGCUUCCAGAACAGGCUGCGCAAAUUGUGAAGAAACCAAGGCAUCCUCAGACUAGGGGAGUCCAGCACAGUUCCCCAAACUUCCUUCUCCUUUGCUGGGAACGACCAGCUCCUGCGUCUGGUUUUCUGCUGUCAACGUAUCAAAUACUUAGUGUUAGAUAUGCACUGGAUCCUGAUGCUUACUCUUCUCUUGUCAACUUGUUCCGCUUCAGACGAAGAUCCCACUUGGCUCAAGAAAGAGGAAGGUCUCGUGGUCCAGCAAUAUGCGAACCUAGGGCUGGCCGAAGUUCUCCUGCGCUGCCCCGUCCCUGAAGGUGCACCCACGGUGGAAUGGCGAGUGAACGGCACAGCGGGGCCCAUUUGGAAAGCAUCCGUGCGGGAGGAUUCCAGCCUCACCUUGUGGAACACCAGUCUGGCUCAGGAAGCAGAAUACAGCUGCCACGACCCCACGACAGGACGGGUGCUGCACAGAGUAUAUUUGAAGCUGGGCUACCCCCCCAAGAAACCUUCCAUCCAAUGUUCCACCACCAGCUACGGCAGUCCUGUCAAUUGCACGUGGAAGCUGGAAAAAGAGACGCACCUGGACACUUCGUUCAUUACCACGUAUAGGGACGGCAUGGACAGAGAGGUGCGUGACUGUGUGCAGUCAAGUACCGGAGCCGACAGCUGCUCCAUCGCUGAUGUGCAGCUGUUCUCCAUCAUCCCUUAUGUGUUGAAUGUGACAGCGGUGAAUCCUCUGGGAACUCGGACCAACAUUUUUCCUUUCCUCCUGAACCAGAUCAUCAAGCCAGAUCCCCCAGAAGACUUGAAGGUCUCUGCAAUCGCGGGAAUGAGUUGGAAGCUGCGUUUGGAAUGGAAGCCCCCCAGCUCCUGGCUGUUUCCGGAGUACUUCCCCCUCAAGUAUGUGAUCCGUUACUCGAGGAACGGGACCGACAGCCACAAAACGACCAGGCCUUUGGAGCAAACCUCUUUCGUCUUGACUGGGGUCCGUCCCGGAGCCACCUAUCAUAUCCAGGUGGCUGCUAAAGACUGCCUCGAUAAUGGCGAAUACAGCGCGUGGAGUUCCCCAGCAUCUGGAACAGCCUGGAGGCCAGCGUGAUGGGUGUAGAGAACAGCUGACAUCUUCCGUGUCUGUCCAUUCCCCCUGCAUAGGCGUGGCCAGGACUGUUCUGUGAUUUUUGUCUGCGUGGGAUCCACACAAAGUUUUACCUGAGAAAACCCAAGUCGGAUUUUCAUAAAGAAAACUCUUCUUUCUUUCCUUAUCUCUGGCGGAUUCCGUACAGUACAGUUAUAACACGUCACAGUCAUUAUAAAAUGAACCUGUUGUCCUUUUGUCCAUUUGCAUGUAUGCUGUUUACAUGUCCAGGAAUCAAGUUGAGCCCCUGGCAGAGGUGGGAUCCAGCAGGUUCUCACCAGUUCCUGAGAGUGGGUUACUAAUUAUUUGUGUGUGCCGAGAGGGGGUUACUAAUUGGGUCCGCUUUUCCGUUAGAAAUUCUAUUAGGU